CAUUUUGAUCAGGACACGAGUCCUCUUUCCUUUUCCCACAACAACUGUGAAAGUUACAGCUUUUCAAUCCAAAUGUCCUCUUGUUGUUUAAUUGUGCGCUUUGUGAUUCAAGAGGUGCUGGAACUGAGGCCCAACAAAGUAAAAAUGUAUUCUGUUUUGACAAACAUGAAAUACAUUCAUGACUUUGAAAAGCUAAAAGAUUUUAAAAACAGAGCUGGUGUUUGGAGGAAUCCAUCAGCUACGUCUUUGUAUUGUCUUUAGAUUUCAUCACAUUUGGCACAUAAAACUGACCUGGAGCCUCAGCCAAUGUGAGCAGGUGGGCUGGAUAAGAUGAACGAGUUGUUCAACCAGAUCCUGUCGUGUGUUUGUGUGUGUCUGAGAGAGCCAUUGUUGUGCCAUACCUGCAGCGAGAGCUUUGUAACCAACCUGUGGUAGUUUUCCUCCUAACUUCAAAGGAUGAGUUGUCUUCAGAAUUUUACAAAUCAAAUACAGACAUUAAAGGAUCAGUUAUUAAAAGAGACGGCGGACAGAAACUCACGCAGUGAAAGUCAGCAGACGGGGUCGGGGGGGAUUCCUCUGGCCAGGAAGGCGUGUUACGCUGUGGGUGGGGUCCCGUAUCAGAUCACCACGGUAGCCAUGAGUGUUUCCCUCCAGAUUUUUCUCCUGGAUGUCGUGCAGUUGGAGGCCUCCUAUGUUUCCGUGAUUUUGUUUGUGAGUCGGGCCUGGGAUGCUGUGACCGACCCUCUGGUUGGGUAUUUGGUGGGCCGCAGUAACUGGACACCCAUCGGCAAACUCACUCCAUGGCUGGUUCUUUCCACUCCAUUUGGCAUCCUUUCCUAUCUGCUGCUGUGGUUUGUGCCAGGAGGCUCCAUGUCUCAGGCUGGCAGGAUGCUGUGGUUCCUCACAGCAUCCUGCCUUUUCGAAACCCUCAUGAGCUGCUACAACGUUCCUUACCUCUCCCUCAACAUGUUCCUGGGGGGAGAUCACAGAGACAGAGACUCUGCCACAGCCUACAGGAUGAGUGCGGAGAUGGUGGCGAUGCUGUUAGCGUCUGUGAUUCAGGGUCAAGUUGUAGCCGUGUACAACACAGAAAAGCAGGAGGUCUGUCAACAUCAGGACCACGACAUGCCUCAGAGCACAUCUUCUCCCCAGAUCGCAUCGCUUCACGAAACGGAAAAGGCUUUCCUGACCUCGGCUCUGGUCAUGGGCGCUUUGUUUUUCCUCUGCAGCCUGGUUAUCUUCCUGGGGGUGACGGAGCAGCGGGCACCUCUCUGCUCUGAUGACAAAGUACGACCGUCCUAUGGGACCUCGCUGAAGAUGCUGAUAUGCCACAUUCCUUACCAACGACUCGUGCUUGGCUUUGUAUUCAGCGUACUUGCAUUUCAGAUGUCCUUGGGUAAUUUUGCAAUUUUUUGCACUCAUGCAGCUGGGCUCGGAGCCCACUUCCAGCACCUCCUACUGACUCUACUGGCUUCAGCCUCGGUAGCAGUUCCUCUGUGGCAAACGGUUCUCCUGAGAAUAGGAAAAAAGGCCACAGUUUUCAUCGGACUUUCACUCUUCAUCCCAGCAGUGAUUACAGUUGCCUGUUUUCCCAGUAACCUGCCAGUCUUCAUGAUUAUGUGCGUUCUGAUGGGAUUCAGUGUGGCGACCGUAUUCCUGCUACCCUGGUCUAUGCUGCCAGAUGUGGUGGACGACUUUGCUGUGAAACAUCCCUCCUGCAAAGACCUGGAGCCUAUGUUUUUCUCCUGUUAUGCCUUCUGCAGCAAGCUGGCAGGCGGCCUGUCUGCUGGGAUCUCGACCAUGACAUUACAGUUUGUGGGCUACAGAGCGGGAGCGUGUAACCAUGGUGCAGGAGUGGAGGUGGCUCUGAUUGUGCUGUUCUCACCAGUUCCCAUCGCACUUCUGAUGAUAGGGAUGGUCUUUUUUCGUUCCUAUUCAAUCAACGAGAGGCGACCUUUACGGCUCCAGGAACAACUGACUGCAGCUCAUCCAGAAGCUGCAUCAUCCUCGCCAGACCCGAGAGAAAACACAGAGGGGAAUCAGCAGCAGCCCCGCGCUGGCGUGACAUCAACAUUACAUCACAACACAAAGACCAACAUGUCGCACAAGUCCAGUUCCACGCCAGGUGGUUAUCACAGUUGUGAUGAAGAAUGCUCAGUCAAGUCAUUUGUCCUUUCAGAUGUACCAAGGAGCCCCUCUGGAGAACACAGCAGGACUGAACCAGUCGAGUCAAAUGUAAAUCUUAAGAGUAAGCAGAUACUCAACCAACGCCAACAGGAAGUCAAACUGAGCGGGAAUUUUACCGCAAAUGAGUCUGAGCCUUUCUCUAGCAGGUCAGAUGUGAGAUCCAAAGUGUCUUGGGUAUGAUCAGAUAACUUACAGUCUGACAUGUUGGAGAUAUGCUGUUUUUUUAUACUAUUUUUGCUAAGAGUUCUCAUGUCUGUAUGCUAAAUAGGAAGCCACAGCCAGUCAGCUUACUUUAUUAAGUCAUUGCUCAAAUAAAUAACUUUGUCAGUA